AUGGCGCAGGCUGCUGGACUUUCGGUCGGCGAUGAUCAUCCUCUUGCUCUCGAGCUUGCCAGCCUCCGCGCUGCUGUCGCUCGCUACCAGCAUGAAGCCCAUGCCACCUCUGUGAAGCUCCAGCGGCAUUCCCUGGAGACUUCUCAUGCGCUUGAACGCGCGUACGCUCUGGAAGGGGAGAAUGUGGCUCUCAAGGACGAGGUGAUCGCGCUCAGAGCAAGCCCGGACAUCUGUCCCCACCCGGCUUCUCUCCAAGUCCCAGAGCUUACCCUCGCCCUCCGCCGUCUUUCGGACAAGCUUACCUUGACCGAAGAGACUUUGCUAGCGCGCACGCACGAACUUGCCACAGCGCGCACUGACUUGCUCAAAGCCGAGUCCGAAACCGAGAGCGCUUACAAGCGGGAGGCUAUCACGCGCUCUCAACUGGAGGAGGGCAGAGAAAAGGAGUUCCUGUUGACUAGAGUCGUUCGGGCGACUGAAGAAGAGAAGAAGCUCGUGGAUCUCGUUGUCCAAGAAUAUGCAGACCUUGUCCGAACACUCGAGGGCAGGCCGCGGGCGUCCACAAGCUCCACGUCCUCGCUUGCCAUGACCAAUGGAACCAACGACUCCAGCGUAACGUUGGUCGACAGCCUCGCCGAGGGAAAGUCUGGCCUGAAGAAGUUGUUUGAGGAAUUCAACGAAGAGACCGGACGACUCGAGAGCGAACUAAGCCGGCUACGAGGAGAGAAUGCGGUUCUAGAAAGCAAGUUAGACGUCGAGCGGGAACGCGCUGAGCACGAUCGCGGCCGGCUGGCAGACGCGCUCACGGAGCUCGAAAAGUACAGGAUGGAUGAUAAUACUGCAGCGAAGAUGGUGUCGCGUUACAUGAAGUUCUCUCAGUCGUCCACAGAUUCUCUCCAGCACGCUAUGGAGAGCUUGAAAACGCGACAUGCGGCCACAACUGCCACGCUGAGUACCGAGAUCGCCCACCUGCAGAAGCAUUUCAUGUCCGAACAACGCCAGUGCGAGAAAUUGCGUCAAGCGUUAGACGAACUUUCGGAGGAUAUUUCGCGGGAAGCGUACGGACGAAGGCGGGAGAUCUCUCUGAGGCUCGCAUUCCUAGGUCGCGAAGAGAGCUUAGCAGAAGGUCUUAGAAGGUGGAUUCGCAAGGCCAGGGAGACGUUCGACCGUGCUGCCUCCACUGACGCUCCACAAACACCUACAAGGGAAGUCUUCGCGAGGAUGACUCAGGAUGCAGAAAGUCUUCUCGAGACCUUAAACGGGCAACCACUAUUCGAGGAGGGCUCCCCGGGCUCCGUCGCUCGGGUCAUUGCCGCGCAGGACGCAGUGUCGAUGCUGACACGUGAACUACAGACUGAGACGGACCGGCGCAUGGAAUUGGAGCGACGGUUGGCCCAGUCCUACGUUGAUCUCGAGGCACACACUAUUGCGGAAGACCUGCACAACGCAUCGAGUUCACACAAUCCCUCACAACAAAAUGGAGACUCCCGCCAACUGUUGUCGAUCGAGGAGCGGGAUCCUGCGCAACUUGAAGAUACCACUGCAUCAUCAUCGACUACACACUCGAACGCACCAGAUACACACGAUCCAGUAACCUCGGUGGCCGAAAGUAUACCCUCCCCUCUACAGGUGUCGGUUUCAGUCGACCCUCCCGCUGAGAAUGCAGGCCAGGAAUAUUCGGACAAGCCACCAGACGGCCCUCUCCCUAUUCCUGAGUCGCCUUCGCCACGGAUACUCGUCUCACCACCCGAUACUCCUGCCGCAGUCGAGGUCGCCCCCUCGACGUCCCUGUUGUUUUCUCAAACUGUGUCUGGAACAUGUGUUGGUCCCGUUGAGACUCCUGACGGUGUUACGCUCGGAGUCGAGGCUUCACCGCUACCUGAACCCAUCGUACAUAAGGGCCCGAGCAGCACGGCCAUAGUAAAGCAGGACGACAUCGCCUCCACAGACGUAGCCCUACAACCUUUCCCCCAGCUACCCGAUACGAGUGAUGCCGAUAUUGUCCCCUCCAACUUGCCUGCUACCGAUCCUGUCGAUUUGCUUUCCGCUCCUUCGCCAGAAGUCUCAAACGGUGACGCGUCUCACCAAACGCCUGCAGAGGAGCCGGAUGUCUUCGCACCCGGAGCCUCAGGUUCAGGCAAAGGUCAGAAGAUAUCACCUCUCACAUCAAAGCUCAUACAAGAUCUGCCCCACCCGUCUUCGCUUCCGCAGGAAGAUCUCCUUGCGGACUUAGCCAGAGCCAAACAUCGCUACGACGACCUCCAGCACGCAUUCCGCGACUGCCAUCUUGCGCUGAAGGAGCUGAGGAAGGACGUUUCCGCCCUCCCGGACAGCUCUCAGAUGACGCUCGUUGUGCAGAAGGUAGUUGAGCGGCUGAACGACUACAACGAGGAUACUCGCGUCGAGCUCGAGAUCCGCAUCACGGACGAGGAACGGAUCGCGCAGGGGUAUGAGACGCUCUUGACCGUCCCUGGGGCGAUGUCUGAUGAAGUCGACGAGACCGAGGUGAGGAGCGAGAUGAUGGCAUUCGUGGAUGGCAGCGGCGCCACGGUAACGAGAGCCACACAGCAGUUCUCGCGUAAGUUGGAUGACCUCCAACACGAUAUCGCCUGCAUUAAACGGACGCUCUACGAGCUAUCCUCCGCUGAGGAAGACGCUGUGCCCACGUCUACGACUCCGACGAAGUCCCCUGCGUGGUCUUCAUGGACAGUAGGGCUCCUCAGCCCCUCGCGGCCCAUCAGCCCUGCCCCGACAUUUGGCUCCGUCAUGACUUCCCCACGGCUGCAUAAGGUGUCCCUCUCCUCGCAAGUUCCGAAGCCAUCGGAUGACUCCUCGAGCACAGCCAGCAACGACCCGUUUGCCAGCCUCGGGCUCCGCAUCCCGAUGCCUGCACACAUACUGUCACCUCCCCCACGUGCGACGCCGAGGGCCCGUACAAUUUCUGCGAUGUACAUGCUGGGACUCGGCUCACGGAGCAGUUCAUUCGGCUUGGGAACCGUCCCGCCGAAGGCCGCUCCUACGAGCCCGCUGGCAUCUGACAGUAGAGACAUGACUGCCAAGAGUGUGGACUUGAAUUCAGAUAUAGAGUAG